UUGAGGGGACUGUUUCCACAAGUCAUCGGAAUUUAAUAAGGUGGCGGUGACUCUGGGUGGAGAAUAAGAAAAUUCUUUGUAUUCAGUUUGAGAUGGGAAUCUGCAUAUCCGUUGCAUCUUCAGAGAUUCAUGAGGCUGAAGACUGCCAGGAAAAUGUUGUCUACUUGGCAGAAAACAUUGCUUCUAUAGGAAUUCAGGGACUUGGCUCUCUUUACUCUAGGCAGGGAAGCAAAGGACUGAAACAGGAUGCUGCCAUCCUUUAUCAGGACUAUGGAAUGGAAGGUGGAGCUCUUUGUGGAGUUUUUGAUGGUCAUGGAAAGAAUGGUCACAUAGUGAGCAAUAAGGUGAGAAACCGGUUGCCAUCACUCUUGCUAAGCCAAAAGAAUGCUCUAGCAACGAUGAAGACAUCAGCAGAUCACAAGAAUUUCCAGGAUCAAGUAGCAGAUUUAAAGAGUGGAUCGGUACUAAGCAAGGAUUUGCUUAAAUGGCAAGAGGCUUGCAUCAGUGCCUUCAAGGUGAUGGACAAGGAGAUUAAGCUUCAAGAGAAUUUGGACUGCUCUACCAGUGGAACCACUGCUGUUGUUGUUGUGAGACAGGGUGAAGAUCUUAUGAUUGCAAACCUUGGCGAUUCAAGGGCGAUUCUAGGAACAACAACAGCAAAUGGUAUCAAGGCUGUUCAAUUAUCUACUGAUUUGAAGCCUGGUUUACCCAGUGAAGCCGAACGAAUCAGGAGUUGCAAUGGAAGGGUACUUGCUUUAAAGGAAGAAUCGCAUAUCCAGCGUGUGUGGCUGCCCCAUGAAGAUUCUCCAGGCCUGGCCAUGUCUCGAGCUUUUGGAGACUUCCUACUCAAGAACCAUGGAAUAAUCGCAAUCCCUGACGUCUUCUAUCACCACCUUACUCCAAACGAUCAAUUCAUUGUUCUUGCAACAGAUGGGGUAUGGGAUGUGCUAAACAACAGCCAAGUUGCCUCCAUAGUGAUGGAGGCAGAGAGUGAGCAGGCAGCCGCAAGAGCAGUGGUGGAGGCAGCUACCGCCUCAUGGAAGAAGAAGUUUCCAUCUUCAAAAGUAGAUGACUGUACCGUGGUUUGCCUCUUCCUCCAAAAGAAGCAACAUCCAAGUUUCUUGCCUGCGGAGACUUAACUAGUUGGUCGGCCUCCUCUGUUAAUUUUGUGAUGACCUUUGUCGCAGAAGUUUUUAGAUACUCUUGUGACUUUGUUAGCCACCGUUAACUAUUCUAAGAUUAAGGUCUUGGUCCUAACGAUUGUAGCCACGUUGUAUCCAUUACUUUGCCAAGAAAACAAAAUGUAUGGAACAGUAAGUUUCAUAUUUGAUCAAUGAUCUAAAACUAA